GAGAGAGAGAGAGAGAGAGGAAUCGAUGCGAUCGGAUAUAAAAGCGCGUCACGUGCAUUCGCGUAAACUUAUAUAUUCGUCUCUUUAUUUCUUUUGUGAGUGCGGUGUUAUUUCGUCGUAGUCACAGCCACGGAAUGCGGUCUUCUCGGAGCGGAGGUGAUCUCGAUCUCUAGUCGCAAGGCGACUCCGCUGUUCACGCGGAAAGAGGACACCCGGUGGAAAGCAGUGCGAGCGUUUCCGCUUAAGCAUCAAGAUAGUCUCACAGUGCCUCCGUUAAUGCCAAAAUGUCGUCAGGGGCCUUCGUGGACAGGAUAGAUCCCUUCGCCAAGCGAUCCCUCAAGAAAAAAUCCAAAAAGUCGCAAGGCUCCUCCCGCUAUCGCAACUCGCAGGAUGUGGAGCUCCAGCAGUUGCCGCUGCUCAAAGAUGUUAACGCUGCAGAACAGGAAGAAUUAUUUAUCAAAAAGCUGCGCCAAUGUUGCGUAGCAUUCGAUUUCAUGGAUCCAAUGGCUGAUCUCAAAGGCAAGGAAAUUAAGCGGAGUACGCUCAAUGAAUUGGUGGAAUAUAUUACAGCAGGGAGAGGUGUCCUUACCGAGCCCAUUUAUCCGGAAACUAUCAAGAUGGUUUCUGCAAAUUUAUUCCGUACAUUGCCACCUAGUGAAAAUCCAGAUUUUGAUCCAGAAGAGGAUGAUCCGACUUUGGAGGCAAGUUGGCCUCAUCUUCAGUUGGUUUAUGAAGUCUUCCUCCGUUUUCUCGAAUCUUCAGAUUUUCAACCUGCUAUUGGAAAAAAAGUUAUUGACCAAAAAUUCGUGUUACAGUUAUUGGACUUAUUUGAUUCGGAAGACCCGAGGGAAAGAGAUUUCUUGAAAACUGUUUUGCAUCGUAUUUAUGGCAAAUUUCUGGGUCUUAGAGCCUUCAUACGCAAACAAAUAAACAACAUUUUUUUGAGGUUUGUUUAUGAAACGGAACAUUUUAACGGAGUUGGCGAACUUCUUGAAAUUUUGGGUAGCAUUAUUAAUGGAUUUGCACUUCCUUUAAAAGUUGAGCAUAAGCAAUUUUUAGUUAAGGUGCUGUUACCAUUACAUAAAGUAAAAUGUUUAUCACUAUAUCACGCGCAGUUAGCUUAUUGUGUGGUGCAAUUUUUGGAAAAGGAUGCAACUUUAACAGAACCAGUUGUACGAGGCCUCCUUAAGUUCUGGCCUAAAACGUGCAGCCAGAAGGAGGUGAUGUUCCUCGGUGAAAUAGAGGAAAUAUUGGAUGUUAUAGAACCUAGCCAAUUUGUUAAAAUACAAGAACCUUUAUUCAGGCAAGUCGCACGUUGCGUAUCUUCACCACACUUUCAGGUCGCGGAGAGAGCAUUAUACUUUUGGAAUAAUGAAUAUAUAAUGUCUUUAAUUGAAGAAAACAACCAAGUAAUAAUGACAAUUAUGUUCCCAGCGUUGUACAGAAUUAGCAAGGAACAUUGGAACCAGACGAUUGUAGCUCUUGUUUAUAAUGUUUUAAAAACAUUUAUGGAAAUGAACAGCAAGCUCUUUGAUGAACUUACUGCCAACUAUAAGUCAGAAAGGCAAAAAGAGAAAAGGAAGGAAAAAGAAAGAGACGAGAUGUGGAAGAAACUGGCUGAAUUGGAGAUAGAACGACGUAACACUCUCGAACGUAAUGCUCUUGCAGCUACCUCCAACAACCCAGUUCCUGCCACUAAUACAUCUAUGACGCGAACCCGCCCCUGAGCUGGUCGAAAUAUGGUAUCAUGCUGCCUGAUUGUUAGCUCUUAAUUUACGUCGAUUGUCCACAUAUUACACGCAAAAAAUUCUUGUUAGUGAAACGAAGUGAUUCAUGAAAGCAUUCUUGACGUAAUGUAAUUCAUUUUAUUAGUUGUGACUGAAAUGACAAAAUGGUGGAAAAA